AUGUUAAAGUCGAAGGGGCACGUGAUACACUCGCUUCUCACGAGGCGAGCGACAGUAGUUUCAUCGGAAAUUUCGAGAAAUUUUUCGAUUUUUGACAUUGAAGGCAAUCAUAAAUUGGUUCGUAGAGUUAGAUUGAUUGAUUCUCAUCUCAGGACAAUACGUAUCGAUCAUAGAACAAUGUCAGAAUCACCAAAAUUAGUAUGUCUAGGUAAUCCGUUGUUGGAUUUACAAGCCACUGUCGAUCAAGAAUAUUUGGCCAAAUAUGACCUGAAAGCUAACGAUGCUAUCUUAGUCGACGCCAUUUCCAAUGAUCCAAAGAUGAGCAUCUACGACGAAAUCUUAGAUUUCCCAGACGUUAAAUUUGUUGCUGGUGGUGCUGCACAAAACACUGCUAGAGGUGCUGCUUAUAUUCUCGGAAAAGGUCAAGUUGGCUAUUUCGGUUCUGUUGGUAACGAUAAGUUCUCUGCCAAAUUAUCAAAUGAAAAUGAAAAGGCUGGUGUAAUUUCCAUGUAUCAGGUGCAAGAAAAUAUCGGUACCGGUAAAUGUGCUGCUCUAAUCACCAAUCAUGACAGAUCUCUUGUUACUGAUUUAGGUGCUGCCAAUCAUUUCAAACCUGAACAUUUAGAUAAUCACUGGUCUGUAGUAACUAACGCUAAGCUCUUCUACAUCGGUGGCUUCCAUUUAACCGUUUCUCCGGAUGCUAUCGUCAAAUUAGGUGAACAUGCAAAGGAAACUGGUAAGCCAUUUAUCAUGAAUUUAAGUGCACCAUUUAUUCCACAAUUCUUCAAAGAUGCAUUGGAAAGAACACUUCCUUACGCUACACACGUGAUCGCUAACGAAUCUGAAGCUGAAUCAUAUGCAGAAUCCUUCGGUCUUUCAUGUGACAAGACUGAUUUAGUCGCCAUUGCUAAAGCCAUUAUCGGUGAAUCUGCCAACAAGACAGUUAUCUUCACACACGGAUUAGAGCCUACCGUCGUAGUAUCCUCCGAUGGUACAAGCAAGCAAUUCACAGUCAAGCCAUUAGAAAAAUCUCAAAUUGUAGAUACUAAUGGUGCUGGUGAUGCCUUUGCAGCUGGUUUCGUUGCUGGCUUAACUCAAGACAAACCACUAGAAACUUGUGUCGACAUGGGUCAAUGGUUGGCUGCCCUAUCUAUUCAAGAAGUCGGUCCAUCUUAUCCAGCCUCUAAGCUGGAAUAUAAACCAUAA